AUGGUCCGGCAUAAGAAAGACUUCGCCGCCAGGGGCAAGAAGGGCAGCCGAGGCGCUUACGGAGGCGGCGCGACGCACUCCCGCCGUCAGCGCUGCGACAACGGCGACGGCGGCGGCGACGGCGAUGGCGACGACGGCGGCGGCCAGGCUGCACCCGCACCCGCACCACCCGCGUUCAAGGCAGCCUGUUGGGACCUGGGCCACUGCGACCCCAAGCGCUGCUCCGGGAAGAAGCUGAUGAAGCUGGGGCUCAUGCGCCCCCUGCAGCUGGGCCAGCGACACAACGGCGUCGUCAUCACCCCCAACGGCCGGCAGGUCGUCUCCCCCGCCGACCGCGGCUUGAUGGACCAGUUCGGCGCCGCCGUCGUCGAGUGCUCCUGGGCCCGGACCAAGGAGGUCCAGUGGAACAAGGUGGGGGGCAAGUGCGAGAGGCUGCUGCCCUACCUCGUGGCCGCCAACACGGUCAACUACGGCAAGCCGUGGCGUCUGAACUGCGUCGAGGCCCUCGCCGCGGCGUUCUUCAUCUGCGGCCACGCAGACUGGGCGGCGCAGGUCCUGGCUCCCUUCCCCUACGGCCGGUCCUUCCUCGACAUCAACUCCAGCAUCCUGAGGCGAUACGCCGCCUGCCGGGACGCCGCCGAGGUGAAGAAGACCGAGGCGGAGUGGAUGGAGAGGCUGGAGCGCGAAUACGCGCGGAGCAGGGAGCCAGGCGGCGCGGAUGCCUGGACGACGGGAAACACCAACCACAUGGCCAUGCCGUCCUCCGACGAAGGCGAAGACGACGGCGAAGACGAAGCCGGUUCCCAAGACGACGCCGAGUCGGACAGCGACGCAAGAUCCGACAGAGACGGCAGCGUAGACGCCAUCUACCUGGGCAAGCAGCCCCUGGACCCCAGGCCAGGCGAGGCGGCCGCCACUCACCAUGAAGACGGACCAGACGGCCAGCCGAGGCGUGACUGGGAUCCCUUUGACAUCUCCGACGGCAGCGACGACGACGCCGCAAUGGAGGAAAUCCGGCGCAAGGUGCUCUCCUCCAAGACCUUUUCCAACCCCAACCCGGAAAGCGACGAGAAAAGGAAACCCGCGGUAAUAGCACGGCCCCAGCAACGCCAACAGUAUCAGGUAGAUCUCGAUGCACGGCCCGAUUCGGACAACGAGAGCAGCGGCGAGGAAGAUGACAACGACGACAGCGACGCCCCGGAUGAUGACGAGUUCGAUCACAUUAUAGAAGCAACGCCUGUCACGGACAAGAUUGGUCUAGCCAAGCUGGAAAAGGAACGGAGGCAAGCUACCACGACCACGAAAAGCUUCUCCUCAAGCACGGUAUCCGCGCCGCAAACAUGGUAA